AUGAGUACAGAGGCAUAUAUUUCAAAUGGGCUAAGGUAUAUCAAACCAUAUUACAAUACACAUUCAAAUUAUGUUAAGGGACGAUGGAUCGGGAAACCACUUGUCGAUGUCCUAACGACUGAAUUUAGAAGUUUCUCAAGAGAUCAUUACAUUGAACAGAUUGCUCAAGGUAAUUAUCAGUUGAAACGAGAUGAUGUAUCCUUGGAUGUAAGAAGUUCGCCGUUAAGAAGUGGAGAUGUUGUGACAAUGAGACAACAUAAGCAUGAACCACCCGUAAAACAAUGGUGUGAUCUAGAACUGGAAAAUUGUGAUAAUUCUUCGAGAAUUGCAGGAUUUGAGAUAGUUCAGAACAAUGAUCGGUUUUUAGUGAUAAAUAAACCAGUAGGAAUACCUGUACAUCCGACCGGGCAAUUCUAUCACAACACAAUCACAGAAAUUCUAAAAGACCAUGGGCAGGUGGUAUCUCCAUGUUAUAGAUUAGACAAAGUAACGUCAGGGUUGCUUAUUCUAGCCAAGAAUAAUAUGGCUGCAAGAGAUAUACAGAUGAAGAUUGGAGCUAGAGAUAUGAAUAAAAUAUAUUUGGCAAGAGUACGUGGUAGGUUUCCUCAUACAACAACAGGGACAACCUUCUCAGAAGAUCAAUUAGACAACUUAUUUCAACAUAAUAGUAUUACCACAGUUGCUAACUCACCUAUAUAUUCGAUUGAGCCAAAGAAAAGAUUCCCAGCAGGUCUUUCUGAUUCAAAGGAAGCUAAGACAAUAUUUUAUCCUAUACGGCAUCUUCCAGAAACGAAUGAAAGUAUUGUCGCAUGUAAACCAUUGACAGGUAGAACACAUCAGAUAAGAAUACAUCUAGCAAGACUAGGGUUUCCUAUUGUGAAUGAUUCUAUAUAUAAUACUGAAUGUACAAUGUAUUCAAACAGAUUACAGUUCAUGAAAGAUUAUCAUCAUUGGGAGCAUUCGCCAUUAACUCAGGAUCAAUUGAGCCUAAGGUUUCAACAGAUUAUCAAUGAGACUAAGGCAGUAAGAUAUUUAAAACUAGAUGAAAGCAAUGGAACUUGUAAGGAAUGUGGUGUUUCUCUAAUGGCAGAUCCACAGAUGUCACAAUUAGAAUUAUAUUUGCAUGCAUGGCGAUAUUAUGACAAUGACAAGACUUUCAAUUUCAAAACAGAGUUGCCAAAAUGGGCUUAA